AUGUUCGCAGUUUUCCAAAUAGCUACCCUUGUGGCUAUAGCUGGACGUAGCUUUGCUCAUCCACACGAGUCUCGAGCAGCCACGAUUAGCCCCCUCAAGCUUAUCGAUGACUCUAUAGCAGCCCUUGGAGGCCAAAAUGCGCUUGCCAGCUUGAACGAAAUUAUCUAUGAAUCUGCAAACAUUUUCCGAACUUCCACCUUGAUGCAGAAUUACAAACUGUUGGCUGCCGACCGACACAUUGUUGCUUCAGGAUCCCAGAACCUAUCUUUUUCCUUUACAAAUGGCACCUUCUAUCAUAGGAUUGAUAGGGACUUCCAUCUCUCCGAUUACUUCUAUUUUGGUGACCCAAUUCUCCAGCCUCGGUCCUUCUCUCUUGUGAUGAAGAAUGGCAACAAAGAUGGAUAUGCAUGCUACGUCAAGGGGAAUAAUAAUGUCUUCAAUAUUCCUGCCCAAGUUGCCGGUUAUGCCGAUUCUGCACUCACCGAGUAUCUACUCUUCCAGGCGGAGAAGUUCUCUCCAAGGCUGCUCCUAGACAUCCGAAACCACAAUAUUACUGCAGAUGCAGUAGAUAUUAAUGGCGUUGAACAUUUCGCUGUUCAUGAUCCUGCUCUUGGUAUCAUUGUAAUUUUCGAUUCGAUCACGCACUAUCCCAAGAUUAUAAGAUCAUUCGAAGAUCAUGCUAUAUUUGGACGUACGACACAUGAUCUGCAACUAUUCAACUAUACGGAGGUUUCAGGCAUUCAGUUUCCCACGCGCCAAAUGGUACUUUACAAUGGAGAUGCUAUUAUUGAAGAUGCAGUAGUGUCAAAAAUUACUGUCAAUCCGGACUUUGGAUCUGGUCUUUUCGACGGACUUAGCGCAAAUGAGACCAAAACCCAGCCAGCGCCCCCAAAAAUGAUCCCAGGGUAUUCCCAUGCCGAAAUUGGAGAAUACUGGUAUAACACACUUUGGGGUGGCCAAUACACCGGAACUUUAGCCAACCUAAGUGUCACACAGCCGGCUGCUGACCUACCUCGUGUUCACAAGUUGUUGUUUCUAGAUUCACCGAGUCUAGAACAACUAGUGCUCGAGUUUGACGACUCAGUUAUUGUGUUUGAAGCGCCCGCACACCAAACCGACUUGGUAAUUAGAUGGAUUCAGGAGAAAUUAAAGAAGCCCAUCACUCAUCUCUGGCCUUCACAUCACCACCACGAUCACAAUUAUGAAGUACGAAAGUAUGUUGAGCUCGGUGCUCAGAUUAUUGUUCCGGAAAUCUCCGCGCCACUGUGGCGCCAAAUCCCCAACGCAAAAUUGAUCACAUUCAGCGAGAAACGCCCUUACAUUCACUCUGAUGGCAAAAUGCAGGCCCGUUUCUUAUGGCGGCCCGAGGCGGAUCACUCUGUGGACUGGACCUAUUCAAUUAUUACCUCUGCCUGUCCAUCAGCUAAUAGUAGUAUUAUGGCCUACAUUGCUGACGCAUACUCUACAUCUACUGCAUACGAUAAUGCUGUAGCCAGAAACUGGUUAAAGCAAGCCAUGACAGACGGCUUAAGCCGAGCGGCUUUGGUUAUCCCUGCCCAUGGUCAGCCAACCCCGCUGGUUGAGCUAAUCGAUGCGCUAGCAUUUGAUUAUCCUGGACUUCGCACAACGGACUUCAAGACUGGUGCAACUGCUACUGCCUAG